AUGAAUGCUACUGUAAACAGAACAGGAUUUGAUGAUUUACUGAAUGAUACGAAUAUCAAUACAUCAAUGCUAUCACAUUUGAGCCAUAAUUUGCAUAUAUACGGUUAUUUGAUUAUUGGUCCAAUGCUAGUAUUGGUUAACACACCGAUCUUCCUGCUUGUGAUGUUACGUAAAGCGCUCAGAGCUCCCUAUCUUGUUCUUGCAGUUGUUUUUCUGAACAAUGGAUUAACCGGAAUGAGUGCAGUAUUAAUGGGAGUACAGCGAUGGAUUAUUUCUUCUGUUGAAGAGCAAUUUAUUGUUCAUCAUGACUGCGUCCUUGAUGUGCCAAUCUUUCUUCUAACAAUGUUUUUGUUGAUGGUUGGAGUUUACUAA